GAGGGCGCAGCGGCCAUGGAGGGCCCCGGCGCGGCGGCGGCGGUGGGCGCCGGGCCCGGCGGCGGCGGCGGCGGCGGCGGCAGCAACGUGCCCGCCUUCCUCACCAAGCUGUGGACGCUGGUGGAGGACCCCGACACCGACCCGCUCAUCUGCUGGAGCCCGAGUGGAAACAGCUUCCAUGUGUUUGACCAAGGACAGUUUGCCAAGGAGGUGCUCCCCAAGUACUUCAAGCACAACAACAUGGCCAGCUUUGUUCGGCAGCUCAAUAUGUAUGGCUUUCGAAAGGUUGUGCACAUUGAGCAGGGAGGAUUGGUGAAGCCAGAGAAAGACGAUACCGAAUUCCAGCACCCGUACUUCAUCCGAGGCCAGGAGCAUCUCCUGGAAAACAUCAAGAGGAAAGUAACCAGCGUAUCCAGUAUAAAGAACGAGGACAUAAAGGUUCGGCAGGACAAUGUAACCAAGCUGCUGACUGACAUCCAGGUGAUGAAGGGGAAGCAGGAGAGCAUGGACUCCAAGCUGAUAGCCAUGAAGCACGAGAACGAGGCGCUGUGGAGGGAGGUAGCCAGCUUGAGGCAGAAGCACGCUCAGCAGCAGAAAGUUGUCAAUAAGCUUAUCCAGUUUUUGAUUUCAUUGGUGCAAUCCAACCGUAUUCUUGGGGUGAAGAGGAAGAUCCCCCUGAUGUUGAACGACAGCAGUUCAGCACAUUCCAUGCCGAAAUACAGUCGCCAGUACUCCCUGGAGCACGUCCACGGCUCGUCCCCGUACGCAGCUUCUUCCCCAGCGUAUAGCGGCUCCAACCUCUACUCCCCGGAUUCUUCAGCCAACUCUGGUCCCAUCAUCUCCGACGUGACGGAGCUAGCCCAGUCCAGCCCUUCAGCAUCUCCCAGCGGCAGCCUUGAUGAAAGGAGUAGUCCCGUGGUCCGUAUCAAAGAAGAGCCCCCCAGUCCCUCCCGCAGCCCCAAGAUAGAGGAGGCCAGCCCAGGGAACCCUCCUGCUGUCGAAACUCCCCUGUCUCCCUCCACGUUCAUCGACUCCAUCCUGCAGGAGAACGAACCCAGCACCACGACCGCUGCCGCUGGCAACAGCACCACACAGCCUCAGCCCCAGGAAAAGUGCCUCAGCGUUGCCUGCCUCGACAAGAAUGAGCUCAACGACCAUCUGGAUACCAUUGACUCCAACCUGGACAACCUUCAGACGAUGCUGACCACACACGGCUUCAGCGUCGACACGAGCGCGCUGCUGGACCUGUUCAGCCCCUCCAUGACGGUUACAGACAUGAACCUCCCCGACCUGGACAGCAGCCUUGCCAGUAUUCAGGACCUCCUUUCGUCCCAGGAACAGCAGAAACCCACUGAGACAGAGGCCAGCACAGCAGACACAGGAAAGCAGCUGGUGCACUACACGGCCCAGCCCCUCUUCCUGGUGGACUCGAGCGCCGUCGACAUGGGGAGCGGAGACCUGCCGAUAUUCUUUGAGCUGGGAGAAGGGCCGUACUUCACCGACGGAGACGAGUACGCGGAGGACCCCACCAUCUCGCUCUUGUCAGGGACUGAGCAGUCCAAACCCAAGGACCCUGCGGUAUCCUAAGGCUGAGGGCAGGGCGAAAGAGAGGAAGAGAAAGGAUGCGCACGAAAGGGAAAUCCAGCCGCCAGCCUCCUUGCUUUGCACAGACAUUGACAGCUCUCAGCACCCUCCGGUUCAUGUUUGCUUCCCCCGGCACUGUGAGGAUUUCAUUUGUGUGUGUGCUUAAUGAGGUGUUUUGAAACCUGCUUUAGAUUCUAGCCACCCAGCGCUCCUCCAGUUCGGCAGUCGUUGGGGGCCGAGCGGUGCAAGAGACCCCGGCGGCGUGGCCGUGCCCGGCCCGCGCGGCGCUGAGCGAGCGGGAGAGCCGGGCGGCCCCGGCAGCAGCCGCCGGGCGACCGCG